GGGGGGAGAGCAUCACGGGAGGUGAUUGAGGAGGGGGACGCCCCCGGGCAGUGAGCGCUGGGAUGCCGGGUGUUCCCGAAAGUGGGUUUCCUGAGCUGCGGGCGUCGAGAGGGUUUUGGGGUGGGGGGUUCGGGCGCUCCUGGAGGCCGGGGAAAGAGGGGACCCCGGGCACGGCUUCUCUGGGGCGGGGAUUCCCUUGCCUGGGUCCCCAGGCGCAGGGGCGGAGCCGGGGGCGCCCCUGACGCGGCUGCCGGCGUGUUCCUAGUCCUGUGUUGUUCCACACGGCAGGUGGCCCCCGACUCGAGCUGCAGCCAUGGGAAACACCACCAGCGACCGGGUGGCUGGCGAGCGCCACGGCUCCAAGUCUUCACGCGCCGAGGGCGCCGGCGGCCAUGCGCCGGGCAAGGAGCAUAAAAUCAUGGUGGGGAGUACCGACGAUCCUAGCGUCUUCAGCCUGCCGGACUCCAAGCUCCCAGGGGACAAAGAGUUUGUAUCAUGGCAGCAGGAUUUGGAGGACUCCGUAAAGCCCACACAGCAGGCCCGGCCCACUGUUAUCCGCUGGUCUGAAGGAGGCAAGGAGGUCUUCAUCUCUGGGUCCUUCAACAAUUGGAGCACCAAGAUUCCACUGAUUAAGAGCCAUAAUGACUUUGUUGCCAUCUUAGACCUUCCUGAGGGAGAGCACCAGUACAAGUUCUUCGUGGAUGGACAGUGGGUUCAUGAUCCAUCAGAGCCUGUGGUUACCAGUCAGCUUGGCACAAUUAACAAUUUGAUCCAUGUCAAGAAAUCUGACUUCGAGGUGUUUGAUGCUUUAAAGCUAGAUUCAAUGGAAAGCUCGGAGACAUCUUGUCGAGACCUUUCCAGCUCUCCCCCAGGGCCUUAUGGUCAAGAAAUGUAUGUGUUUCGAUCUGAGGAGAGAUUCAAAUCCCCACCCAUCCUACCUCCUCACCUUCUUCAAGUUAUUCUUAACAAGGACACUAAUAUUUCUUGUGACCCAGCCUUGCUUCCUGAGCCCAAUCAUGUUAUGCUGAACCAUCUCUAUGCAUUAUCCAUUAAGGAUAGUGUGAUGGUCCUUAGUGCAACCCAUCGCUACAAGAAGAAGUAUGUCACUACUCUGCUGUAUAAGCCCAUCUGAAGGGAUCCCUUCCUGCCUCCCAGGAUUUAAGAGAAGCAUCUCCCUUGCCUUUCUGGACUGGACCAGUCUUACCAAGACUGGAAGGCUAAUUUGCUUUGAGGCUGAUAUGUGUGUUUCAGAGCCUUUGAGUAGAAUGCUCUGCUUUUGCAUUCGAUUGCAGAUGGGAGCUUUAUGAGUUUAUGGAAUUUAUUUUAAGACAAAAAAGUUAUAUAAAUAUAUGUGUGUAUAUGUGUGUGUAUUAUAUAUAUAUAUUCAUAUAUACUACACACACACACACAUAUAUGAGAGGAAGGUUAAUGGAAGCCUCCUAGCUAGAUGUGUUCUCUCUGCUUGUGGGGACUCACCAAAACCAGUUUUGGGGGAGCUCAAGAAAGACCAAUUACAGGAAGCUUGUUCCCUACAAUGGAUGAAGAGCCAACUCUCAGGAUCCUUGUUGGGUAGAGAUUCUACCACUGCUACCUUGGCUUUCCAAGGGAUGGGCUUGUGCCAGACUUCUGCCCCACUUACAGUUGCCUCCUUGCAGAGGCAGCUUUCCCGUGCAUGGGUUCUCUGUAUUCCUAGAGUAUGUGGCACAAUCUGUGCUUUUUAUGAUACCAGAUGCCCCACAGGAACCCUUUCUCAUCUCAUUUCACGUUCUUACUUUGAUAACCUCCCUCAGAUCCUAUACCUGACCCAUCCCUAACACAGAAGUCACUGGCCAGUGACCCUUUUCAAAGGCUAUGUGAGACCUGACCUACCACACAGACUGGGGCUUCCAGGAAGUCUCCUUUUCAGCCCAGCACAGGCCCAGGCCACUUUGUUACCACUUGUUUUCCCAUCUACUAAAGAAAAAUGUCUCAGCAUUAUAAGAAAGGCUGAGGGCAGAAGUCUACUUUCUUAUUUUAGUUUAGUGCCACAGCUUAUACUUUCUUGACACAUUCCCAUAGGUUAGUCCCACCUGGCCUGGCCCUGCUUCCAUAUUUUCUUUUGAAGAGCAGACAGCUUCGAAGGUGGGAGUGGAACCAGGGAACACUUUAAUGUCUUUUAUCUUUGGGAGAUUUUUAUGUGCCUACAUUUUUCUUUAGUUAAAAAAAUGCCUCUUCAUGAUUCUUAAGACACUGAAGAGGAAAAUUUUAGGCUCUUGAGAAAUGGUUCCCAAGAUUCUUCAACAGGAGAGAAGUAGUCUAGCCCUUUAUAGUCUUACAUUAGUGUGGCCAGCCCUGUGCAUAUCACUAAACAGUGUUUUAGAAACAAAUUCGGGUUCCUUUGGUGCACCUAAAAAUUUCCUUCAACUUAGACUUAGUAGGCCAAGAAGCGAGAAGAUACCCCUGGGGUUCCUAACCAUGAGUAGUAUUGCUUCCCUGCACCAAGUACAAACAGGACCGUUUUGUUUUUCUCUUUUUUUAAAGUGUUUGAUGAAGAAGUGGGGUCAAUGAUUCUCAUUUGUGGAAUGAAAAGUAGCUAUUCAAUCCACUCAUAGGGUUCAGAGAGAAAACAUUUUUUUUUUUUUUUUCAAGUGUCUGUGGCUCUUCCAUUAAGGAUAAAUGCAAGUCAAAAUAUUCAACACUGAAGGAGGCCAAACUUGAUGCUUGAUGCACACUGAAAGGGUACCCAUUGGUCAGUUUAGCUACCUCCUUUCUUUCUUGUUCAAAGCUGAUGACACAGCUAUCUUUGGGUGUGUAGGCCUUAGAUCCUGGGAACGAGGCAGUGGAACAUGGGGUUGUUUUGCUGGGAAUGCAAAUUUCUAAGUGCUUUGGUGGUUACUUUCUGAGAGUAAAUACUUGAACUUUAAAACUUUGAGCUUUAGCUACUUGAGGCCCCUUACUGCAGCAAAACACUUUUGUGGGAAACCGUUUAUGGUCCCAACCACUUUUUGAGUGGUCUUUCAUUUAAAAAAUCCAGGCCAAAUCCUAUUAUAACCAGCUCUCAAGAUCUGCACUGUCUACAGUUAUACUGUUUUUUUUUUUUUUUUUCUAAUACCCAUUAGAUAAGUGGAGCAUAUGGGAGGAUUCAAAGCCUUGGUUGUUACUUGGAGGGUUUUAUCACGCUAUUUCUUGUCAGCAGUAUUGAAGUGUAAUUGCCUGUGUGUUUGUGUAUUAAUUUUUUUACACAGAUAAUAUCAGUAGAGUGGGGCAGGAAAAGAGAUUCCUUCAGUGUCUCAGGCCAGCAGCUACUGUGAACUGGCUCUGGCUCCAGUCACUGGUGCUGGUGGCCUUCAAACCUUCUUAAUCUGGAUAUGUGCAGAAAGUGUCAGUUUCCUAAGUUCUUUGGUAAUCUCCCAGCCAAAUGUGAAAUGAGAGCCUACCAGCUGGUAUGGAAGAGGAUAGGCAAGGGGAACUGGGUGAUGCCUCCUUUAGCAGCGUUCCUUCUCCACACUCCUAAUACACCCCUUGGCUCUGAUAAGCCUAUUAAACACAGUUUGUCCCCAAGAAACUGUUCUAGAAGGUAGAGAGGGAAGGAGGAAGGUAGCCCAGAGUACAACCUAUUUAUUCUUCUGUGUUGGUUAAAGGGGUAGUUUAUUUUCUAAAGAAGAGAGCUUGGCAGAUUUUGAAAAUGAAAAAAGGCAGAAAAAACCCCCACCUUUUUAGCUUUUAAAAAACAUGUUUUUUUUGUUUUUGUUUUUGUUUUUGUUUGUUGUUGUUUUUUCCUAUAGGAGUUUCACAGAGUCAAAGUUUGAAAAUCACUCUUCAGGAGUGCUAAUCCUU